AUGGCGGAGUUGCCAGCCACAGAAUUAACUGACUUGGCCCAUGCCAAUGGCAGGUUCACCAUUAGCACCCUGAUCAGCACCGAGGACAGCAGCAAACCUCACUAUGGACAGCCUGAUGCUGCCACCUGUGAGGCUACCCAUCCCAGCCACCUCACCCACGGCAGCACUUUCUACAUGAGGACCUUUGGCUACAACACAGUGGAUGUUGUGCCGACUUAUGAACAUUAUGCCAACACGAAGGUGGCGGGUGAAACCAAUAAAGUUAGGCCCACGCUGGCAGAGCUACAUUCUUUCUUGAAGUCGGACAAUAGCCGUCUCCACAACCCAGUGUACGAACCCCAGAGGAGUAAUGGCCUGAGUGACGAAACGACUGAGGAAGAUGGUGGUGAGGGUGGGGAAAAGCCUCCAGGCGAGCCGGUCCGAUUUGGAUGGGUGAAAGGAGUGAUGAUCCGAUGCAUGCUGAACAUCUGGGGUGUGAUUCUCUAUUUGCGAUUGCCCUGGAUCACUGCACAGGCAGGAAUUGCGCUCACAUGGCUGAUUAUCUUCAUGUCUGUGACGGUGACGAGCAUCACAGGCUUGUCCAUCUCUGCCAUCUCUACCAAUGGCAAAGUGAAAUCAGGUGGCACCUAUUUCCUUAUCUCAAGAAGCCUCGGUCCAGAGCUGGGUGGUUCCAUCGGUCUCAUAUUUGCCUUUGCGAAUGCCGUGGCGGUGGCCAUGCACACGGUGGGCUUUGCGGAAACUGUGCGCGAUCUGCUCCAGGAACAUAACUCGCCCAUUGUAGACCCCACAAAUGACAUCCGCAUCAUCGGGGUCAUCACAGUGACAGUGCUACUUGGGAUUUCCUUGGCCGGAAUGGAGUGGGAAGCAAAGGCACAGGUGCUGUUCUUCAUAGUCAUCAUGAUUUCCUUUGUAAAUUACGUAGUGGGGACGGUGAUUCCAGCCUCCGAGGAGAAGCAGGCAAAAGGCUUCUUCAGUUACCGAGCUGAUAUUUUUGCUCAGAACUUUGUGCCAAAUUGGCGCGGACCAGAUGGCACCUUCUUUGGUUUGUUUUCCAUUUUCUUUCCAUCAGCGACUGGCAUCUUGGCUGGAGCCAACAUUUCAGGUGAUUUGAAGGAUCCAGCCAUAGCCAUUCCCAAAGGCACGCUGAUGGCUAUAUUCUGGACUACAAUAUCCUAUCUGGCUAUUUCUGCUUCAAUUGGUGCCUGUGUGGUACGUGAUGCCUCUGGGAGCCUGAAUGACUCCAUCCCUGCUGGCUCUCCGGGCUGCGAAGGACUUGCUUGUGACUACGGGUGGAACUUCACGGACUGUGCUCAGAAACAGAGCUGUCACUAUGGACUCAGCAAUUAUUACCAGAGUAUGAGCAUGGUAUCUGGAUUUGCCCCCCUGAUCACGGCUGGAAUCUUCGGGGCCACCCUCUCUUCUGCUUUGGCCUGCCUGGUCUCAGCACCCAAAGUCUUCCAGUGGGCUUGUCUGACGCUCCUCAUUCCGUUCCUCCUCAGUCGCAAGAAGCGGUGGGGCAAGUGCAGAACCCGGGUGUUUGUUGGUGGGCAGAUCCACAGGAUGGAUGAAGAGAGGAAGGCGAUUGUCUCUCUAUUGAGCAAGUUCCGACUUGGGUUCCAUGAGGUGCAUAUCCUUCCAGACAUUAACCAGAAACCACGCCCUGAACACAUCAAGAGAUUUGAUGACCUGAUCGCCCCCUUCAGGCUGAACGAUGGGUUUAAGGACGAGGCCGUGGUGAAUGAAAUGAGGCGUGACUGCCCCUGGAAGAUUUCUGAUGAGGAGCUUAAUAAAAACAAAGUAAAGUCGCUUCGACAAGUGAGACUGAAUGAGAUUUUGCUGGAUUACUCACGGGAUGCUGCUCUCAUAGUCAUAACCUUGCCAAUAGGCAGAAAGGGGCGAUGCCCCAGCUCCCUCUAUAUGGCCUGGCUAGAAACCCUCUCGCAAGACCUGAGACCCCCAGUUAUUCUGACCAGAGGAAACCAAGAAAAUGUUCUGACGUUUUACUGCCAAUAGAAUGUGGUUGACUACACGGUGGGUCGGGAUGUGAAUUUUCAGGCCAGGUUUUGGCCUUGGAAUGAACUCUUCCGGUUUUUCGGGUGCUAGUCACUGGUAAAAGCAAACUCUCCUGGUUUCAGCUGAUGUCAGCCAUUGAUAAAGGAUUAAUGAUGGGAAAUGACUAACACUGGGUUAUACCAACUCUGCCCUCCCCCUUCUGAAAACUGAUCUUGC